CUGUUUACGCUGAACACUAGUUUUUCCCCUGGCCUUGAUAUUUUCCCCCAGAAUUUAUUUAUGUGAUUAUUCAAGGCAAAGGAGUUGUUGAAUAUGGAUAUUCAUGUGGCGCAUCCAUCAGUGCAAAUGAAAGGCGCUGAGGCAGACUGGACGCCCAUACAAUGCACAGACGGGGAGUGUAGCCACUCCUUGAUGAAGGCUCCGCAUCUGCACUGUCCAUUCUGCUCCCAGGACAGUCUCUUCACUGAUGAGAUUCUCCUCAAGGCGCACUACAGGGUCAAGCACGUGGAUAAAGGCAUCAACUUUGGGGGUCUUAAAAUAUUGCGGUGUUGUAGAUCCUGCAUCGUCCACGGCAUCAUUCACGGCCUACGUCCCCUGCUGGGAUGGCGAGUGCGAAGAUCUACUUUGCGCCCAUGAAGAAGCAACGACCAACGAAGACAGGUAUAAAGCAGCCAAUGAUCUUUUCGGUAGGCUCUAUGAGAAAUGAAGGCAGAGAUGGACAGAGACUGUGGAAUCGAUGGAUUUGACCCAUUCCAGCUGUCGGGCAUGGCAAACCAUCAACAAGCUCACAGGUAGGUCCACAACCCCAACACAAUGUCCAAUUGCUUCA